AUGUCCUCAUGCAAUCCUGCCGUCCCAUUUUGGGAAUUGAUCGCCCUCGAAGAAAUUGCCUCGAACGCUACCGGAAAAUCUCUAUCUGAGUUUUUUGGUUUCCAUGAUAGUCAAGACAGUGUAUACGGACCCCUUGGUGCGAGCAGCGAACUCUCGCCUGCUGCUGAUGUAUUCGAUACGGCUACCAGCUAUGUGAUACAUAUAUCUCUACCUGGUGCGAAGAAGGAAGAUAUUUGGAUUGGCUUCGAUGAGCAAAAAUCCGAAAUCCAGAUCUCAGGUGUUGUUUACCGGAAUGGUGAUGAAGAGUUACUAAAGACACUUACUGUUGGAGAGAGGGGCUCAGGGUUUUUGAGAAGAAGAUCACCAAAAUUAAAAGAUGGUAUACUUGAAGUCCUCGUCCCGAAGAAGGAGAGAGAAUCAUUUGAGAGUAGGAAGGUUCUGAUUAAUUAG